CCUCCUCCCUGCUUCUGAUGCUGCUCUACCAACUGUAGCAACAGCAGCAGCAGUAGUACUAGUAGUAGUAGCCACCACCACCAUUACCUUCUCCAUCUCGCCGGCUUGAUUACUGAUUAGAUGUCGUGUUGGAAUCGAUCGCUGGCCUUUUCCCUGUUCCUUUAGCUAAAGAAUUAACGGCGGUGGGGGCAGGCAGAUUGAUGCCAUUGUUCGAUUCUUCUUUCUUCCUCCUCCUCCUCCUCCUUUUGCUUCCUUUUAAGCAUUGCUUUUUCUGGCCGUCUUUUCCCUUCCCAUUUGUUUUGUAGCCUAGCCGCCAUAGCCCUUCCUCUCUCUGCUUAAUCUUUCAGGCUCGUGGGUUAUCUCGAGCACCUCUCAUUCCUUAUAGUCUUCAUCAUCUGUGAUCUGUGUAGCCUUGUCUGCUGCUUCACCUCCAUUGUUGGUUCUUGGCUGCUUGAUCUUCUUGGCGUUAUUGUCCAAGAAAGCAUCUUCCUUUCCUUUGCAUGAGCAAUUUGAGCUUAGUUCUUUCAUUCUUUCAUCUUUGGAUAAUAUACCUGGACAGUGAUUGAGUGAGUGAGCUAGCUCCCGGCAAAGCUGAGCGUCUGUGCCUUUUCCUGCUUUCCUCAUGGACAGCUCACUCUAGGUUCUUGGUGAGUGGAGCAGAGCCUAGGCUGCUUCUGCUGCUGCUGCUGCCAUGGAGAGGCUGUCAAGAUCAGGAGUGCUCUCGGAGACGGCGUCUUGCGCCGACACACCGAGGGCAGGGUAUUCUUCCUGUAAUCUCCAACAUCUGCAGUCAAAGAGUAUCAUGAAGAUACAUGAAGGUGCAUUGGAUAUAUCGCCACGAUUCUCCUACUGCAAACCUAAUGCUAAGCAAGACAAGAUGCUCCACAGAAGAUUUUCACUUAACUUGCCAGAGCAUAUGCCUGGCCAUUACUCCAGGGCAGGAACUGAACGAAGUCAAAAGGCGACUUCCAAGUCCAUCACAGAUUUAGUCGGAGAGAUUGCAGCACUUGAGCAGGAGGUCGUCCGGAAGGAGUUGCAUCUGCUAUCCCUUUAUAGAAGAGCAUUUGAUCAGUAUCUAUCAGAGUCUGGCAGUGUUACAAGUGAGGUGGAUCAAGAAUUGCUGAAAAACAUUGAUGAGGGUGCGCUUCGUUUGAGAGACAUCAAGCAAUCUGCAGGCUACAACUUACCAACAGUCUCAGAUACUAAAAGUGAGGUACCAAGAUCACCUUCAAGACAUUCCAGUCUUGUUAACUUCUUGAGUGCUUCUAUUUCUGAAUAUGUACCUAAGAUGUCUUGCAAACUAUCGGAAGACAUUCUAGGCUGCAUAGCUGCUGUCUACUGCAAGCUCGGAAGCACACCACUGCAAGAUGGCGAUUACAUAACCUCACCCAGUCCUUCUGUUUCAUCUUCAAGUACUUUUUCUCCGAGGCAUCGCAAUGAUAGCUGGAGCCCUCGGUACAACUUUGAUAUCACCCCGAGCCCUAGCCAAUAUGGAUACCAGAAAGAGAAUAGUGAACAACAAAACAUAGGCAUGAUAAUUGUCCCAAGGAUACGAAUAGACGCUGACAAGUUUGAUUAUGCCUCAAAAAUGCUUGAGACUAUCAGGUCCCUGAUACAGCGACUUGAAAAAAUUGACCCAACAAAGAUGACACAUGAGGAGCAACUAUGUUUUUGGAUUAACAUCCAUAAUGCUUUAGUAAUGCAUGCAUUUUUGGCCUAUGGACUACAUGAUAAACGCAUGAAAAGCACAGACAUGAUUCUGAAGGCUGCGUAUAAUGUGGGUGGCCAAUCAGUAAACGCUCAAAUAAUUCAGAACUCAAUUCUUGGAUGCCAAUCCCAUCGUCCUUCGCUGUGGGUUCGGGCGCUUUUCGCACCGACGAAGCGGUCCAUGGCAGGGACGGCCAGGCAUCCAUACACCCUCCAGCAUCCAGAGCCCAUUGCUCACUUUGCACUCUCCACAGGAGCAUGUUCAGAUCCACCUGUGAGGCUGUACACUGCGAAGAAGGUGCACCAGCAGCUGGAGGUGGCCAGGGCGGAGUUCAUCCAGGCGAACGUGGUGGCGAGGAGGCAGGUGCUGAUGCUGCCCAAGGUGCUCCACUACUACGCCAAGGACGCGGCGCUGGAGCUGCGGCACGUGGUGGAGCUGGUGUGCGAGAGCAUCUCGGAGGCGCAGCAGAGGGACAUCCAGCUCUGCCUCCGGAGGAGGAUCGACAAGUGCGUCGAGUGGCUGCCCUACAAGUCCUCCUUCAGAUACCUUCUUCAUAGGGAUCUGGCUGAGUAAUCAUCUUCUUCUUUCUCUCUUUCUUUUCUUUUCUUUUCUUUUUUUUUUGGCUUUUUUGGUCCAAUGGAUCAUGGAUGGAUGUGCUGUCAAUUGUUCAUGGUGUAAUCAUAGAUGGAUUUGUGGUGUGUGCAUGGAUGGGUUUGUGUGUGUGUGUAAAUACA